AUGAAGACCUUCGGAGUCUGCUUCAUCGCCUGUGCCUGUUAUCUCUCUCGCGUCUCUGCUCAGGCCCUCGCUGCCCAGAAGUACGCUCCGACACUGCAGCCAUGUCCCGAUGGGACCGCACUCGUGCGCGAAGCAGGCUCCAACGCGUACACACAAGCUCUUGGUGAUGAGGAGGCACGCUAUGUCUCUGCAAGGCAAUCGCUCGUUCUCCCAAACGCUUGGGCAAGCUACUUGCGCAACGUCCAGCAGAACACGCCUGUCGUACUCCCCGCAUACGUCGAUACGAUUCUGAGCGGCCGACUAGGGGAGGGUGCCUUCCCCAAUCUGGGGAUCGCGACGAGUGGCGGAGGCCUUCGCGCUGCUCUUUUCGGGGCGGGCGUACUCAGCGCCCUCGACGGCCGGAACCAGUCGUCAGUGCAAGCCGGAUUGGGCGGGCUCCUCCAGGCUGCGCAGUACCUCUCAGGCCUCUCCGGCGGUUCCUGGCUGGUUUCGUCACUUUCGCAGGCCGACUUCCCGACGCUUCCGGACCUCAUAUUUGGAACACAACAAGCAGACGCCGACGGCUUUGGCGGAUGGAUUACCCCCGAAAACCUGCUGGAGCCGGGUGCCAACUCAAACGAGACGGCGGAGUUCCUGGAGCUCUUCGUCGAGGAGGUGCACGGCAAGUGGGCGGCGGGCUUCCCGGUGUCCGUCGCGGACGUGUGGGGGCGCUCGCUCGCACGGCACUUCGUGAAUGGGACGACUGCGGACGACUUCGCGGACGCGACGCUCGCGCACGGCGCAGGUCUCACGCUCUCUGGUAUCGCGAACGUAUCGACGUUCCGCGCGUUCGCGCAACCGUUUCCUAUCGUGAUUGCAGAUUCCCUCGUCGAUCGGCCGAAUGGGACUGUCGUCAUCGUCGAACCUGACGAGAUCGUGCCAUUGGUCAACCCGAUAUACGAGUUUAACGCCUAUGAGUCCGGCUCGUUCGACCCCAUGUUGGGUGCGUUCACGCCAACGAAAUUCCUUGGUUCACCAAAUGGGAGCGUGUGCGCGCUCGGAUUCGACCAGCUCUCGUUCAUUCAGGGCGCGUCGUCCAACCUCUUCAACUCUAUGAACACCUCGGUACCGCUUGCGAGCUCUGCCAUAGGGCCUAUCAUCGGGCUCAUUGAGGAGACGAUGCCUCAGACAGGGCUCCGACUUGACUCUGCCGAUAUCCCCAAUCCGUUUUUCGGUUUGGCGCAGGGCACGUUCGUCGACACGAACAGCACGAUCUUGUCACUUGUGGACGGUGGUGAGGACGGCCAGACCACGCCACUACAGCCCUUGCUCGUCAGGGCGCGCGGUUUGGAUACUAUCAUCGCGAUCGACGCGGUACGUAACUCUGAUAACUUCGCGGAUGGGAGUUCGCUCAUCGCAACACAAACACGUGUGCAGCUUCUGAACCCCGCAUACGCGUUCCCGCCCGUGCCGUCCACGCAAGCCGAGUACAUCGCGCAGAACCUCACGAAGCGGCCCACGUUCUUCGGGUGCAACAGUGCCCCAGACGCGGGCGACGCGCUCGUUGUGUACAUCGCGAACGGCGGCGCGCCGCUCGGGGAGCCUCCGCUGACGAACAACCCGACGGCCAAGCUCUCGUACACCGCGGACGAGGCGCAGGCGGUGCUCAACCAGGUGUUCGAUGUUGCGACGCAGGGCAUCCCCGUGUUCGCGGCCAGUGGGGAGACGAAGGACCCGGAGUGGCCAGCGUGUUUGGCGUGCGCGGUGGUGGAUCGGGCGAGGCGGCGGCUCGGGCUGCAGAGGGACGGGGUUUGCGUGAGCUGCUUCGAGCGGUAUUGCUAUAGCUGA